UGUUAGUGUAUUUUUACGGAUUGCAAUCCGUGAUGUACAGCAGCCGUCAGAUGAAGAAAUUAUUUGAUCUGACGGCUGAGAUUGAUCUAGGGGUAAUUAGGGUUAAAAAGUAAAAACGUACCCUGACACUCAUUUAAUGUACCCUGAGACCAAUCUAAUGUACCACAGAAUACAUUCCGUAAAAGUACAUCACGGGGACAAAAUCAUAUCCCUAUAUAUAUAAUUCAAUUUUGAGGUUGCACCCUUUCCUAGUUCACCCGUGUGUAGUGUCCUUUCAACAACAACAUUUCUCUCUCUAAACUCUUUCUCUUUCUCUUUCUCUCACUAUAUAUAUAGGUAUGGCUUCAUGUGGUGGUAGUAGUAGUAGUAAUAGUGGUGGUACGGGGUCACCGUGCGGCGCGUGUAAGUUUUUGAGGCGAAAGUGCGCGGCGGAUUGCGUAUUUGCGCCGUAUUUUUGCUCGGAGCAAGGUGCGGCGAGGUUUGCGGCUAUACACAAAGUGUUCGGAGCUAGUAACGUGUCGAAACUGUUGUUACACGUGCCUGUUGCUGAUAGGUGUGAAGCUGUCGUUACCAUUGCUUAUGAAGCUCAAGCAAGGAUUAGAGAUCCUGUUUAUGGCUGUGUUGCUCACAUUUUUGCCUUACAACAACAGGUGACAUGCCUUCAAACACAACUGAUUCAAGCCAAAGCUCAAUUAGCUCAAACUUAUAAUACUUCUAAUCAUCAUCAGCACUAUGGAUCAUCAUCAGCAGCAACUAAUCAUACUCAUAAUCAUAAUCAUGAUAAUGUAUAUCAUAAUAAUAAUAAUAAUAAUUACGUGAAUAACAACUAUCCGAUUUCGCCCCAGAGCUCAUUGGACUCUGUUGACCAAACCGGUAGUAGUACUCAUGAUCAUCAUCAAAUUUCGAUGAUCAACGGUGGUAGCGGUGGUGGUGGUGGUGGUGGUGGUGGGGGUGGUGGUGGUGGUCAUCAGGAGAUACAAAGUGGAAGAGUGGUUUCAUCUGAGGAUUAUAAUAAUUUUUUAGUUCAACCUAAUAAUUAUAAUUAUAAUAAUAGUAAUAAUAAUUGUUCAAGGAAGAGGCCAAAUAAUAAUGGCACUGAAUUGGGUGAGCUUCAUGCCCUAGCCCUUAGAAUGAUGAGAAAUUAAUUAAUUAUAUAUUAGAUCAUUUUAAAUUAUUAUAAUUAUUAGUUUUGUAUUAAUUAAUGGUGAUAUAUAUUGAUGAUCAUGGUUUUGAUCAA